UCUUUUCUUUUUAUGUUUCGGAGCUAGCGCUAGGUCCAAAGGAAUAAUGCUCCUGACCUUCGCGCUAAGUAGGCUGAGCACGGAUAGUGAUGGAACCAUCAGCAAAAAGAAAUCCGCCGCCACGGUCCGUUGACGAAGCAAGGCGGCUGAUCUCGGACGCCAUUCAGGCAACUGGACUCCAGUUGAGUGGUGGAUUGGACACUGAUGUAGAAAUCCCUUUGGGGGAGAUCUACGUCAAUCUUCAACUGUUAGAUCAGGCUCGGCUGAAAAGCCUGCUUUGUGAUGAGUCAAUGGUGGGCUCAAAGCCUUCCGAGCGGCCGUUGGAACAUGAAAUGCCACUGGACGAACUGUUGGCGUCCAAGUCCGAUCACGGAACCAAUUCAGCAAACAAUGCGCUAGCUCUUGGUAGUGGUGGGACCGGGAAAUCGACUGCUUUUCUCCUAUCUGCCGUGUACAAAUGGAGUAGAGGAGAGCUGUGGAGAGACAGGUUCGAUCUUGUGUUUGCUGUGCCUCUGCGAAAACCAGCAGUACAAAAGGCCAAGAGUUUGCACGAGCUUCUCUCCACCAAAUUGAAAAGCAUGGAUAUGGAUGAUGACGAGCUGCAAGAGUUGGCACGUCACCUUCGCUCUAAUCCACACCGAUUGUGCUUGAUCCUGGAUGGACUUGAUGAAUGUAGACUUUCCGGUCUAAGCACGUACAUGAACGACCUCGUCUUACGGAAAGGCAGUGUGAGUGCGGCAAGCGUUAUAGUGACAUCACGGCCAUGCCAAGAUGCGUCGAAUCUCUCCCACUGUGGAAAAUAUCGUCGGAAAGUGGAAGUUCUUGGGUUCUCUGAUUCAGGUGUGAAGAGUUACAUACGUCGAGCUCUGGAACCCGAGAAGGCGCAGCUUAUGAUGCUCCACUUGCAAAAGGACCCAGAGCUGAAAACUCUGCUCCGCACUCCGCUGUAUGCCGCUACUCUGUGUACUAUGUAUAAGGCUGGCUUCAAAGUGCCUCACAGCAUCACGCGUAUAUACGAGAUGAUGGUAAUGCGCAUCCUGGCGGGCCGUAGUACUGACUGUGUGACCCGCGGCCUGGAAGCGGCAAGUGUUGCACUUCAAGAAUCAGAAGCGGUGCGCAGCCUUGGUCGCUUGGCGUACAGCAUGCUUUUGGAGAAUCAAUACGAGUUUGCCAAGUCGAAAGUCGAGCCAGCGGUGCAUGGUCUCGGAUUCUUGCGAUCAAGCCCUGAAGGGAUUGCUGCCGGUGAGAUACUCUGCUGGUUUCAUCACGCGACUUUCCAGGAAUACUUUGCUGCAUUGUACAAGACACGCCUGUGCGACUGGUGCAAGCAAGCGUCGCUAAUGGAGAUCACGGUGGAGCUUGAAACGAUGCAAGCCAUUUCACCCCUGUGCUGGCAGUUUAUGCUUGCAAUGUUGCCGUCUGAAGACGUCGGAGUUGUCCUGGAAAUGAUCUGGGAGAACGCCAUUUCCAAAGACAACCCUGCCAGUCAGGACGAGCCCAGUGAGCGGAGUGAGGACAGUGGUGACGACGACGACGAAGACAACGGAGACGAAGACGACAGAGACGGAGACGACGAAGACGACGGAGACGGAGACGACGAAGACGACGGAGACGAAGAUGACGGAGACGAAGACGACGGAGACGACGAAGACGAUGGAGUCGACGAAGACGUCGGAGACGACGAAGACCUCAAAGAUACGGAUGAAAGCAACAAUGCAUCCCCACCAGAUGCAUCCCCACUGACAUCCCAGGAAAGCGAAUUGGCUAUGGACUCUGCUGGAAAAGACCUGUAUAGCUCACCAAGGAUGAAGACACAGCACGAAACCACGCGGGGAGGGCGAAAGUCAUCAUCCCACAAUGACAAUUCCGGGUACGUGCUUAAAAGCUGUGAAGAAGGCCCUCCGUCAAGUUCUUCCAACAGCUCCGAAGAUUCCAUUACCAACCCUGAGAAGUGGGCACGGGGAAAUCCUGAUCCUGAUAUGUUCGGCAACAGUGAAAGUGGAGAUUCGACGGAGAUCUCUUCCGACACAGGCUCAAGUGGAGGCUCAGGAUCGGCUCCAGCACUACAUGCUGAGCCAGUGGUGCUCCGGCUGCCCCGUCACAGGGAGAUGGUUCUUAAAUUCCUGACCGAUGUCCUCGCCCGACCUGUCCUGGAGGCGCUGGCCAAAAGCCUGCUUUCGGGCCACACAAAGGAUGUUGACGGCAGGAUCAAAAACGAAUUUCCAGUGAAAGAAGAACACUCGGACAGUCUGUAUCUUCUAACAAUGGUGAAGCUCUGGGAAAAAUUGGAAAAGACGCCAACGUCGACACUGAUCCUGCACGCGUUACAGAAGAUAGACAAAACAGCUGCAGAAGGGUUUCACAAACUACUUCGGGCAGAAGCUCAGAAUGUUGCUAUCAAACCAAGACCGGCUAAAACAGGACGUGAGCGGUUUUGCCUGCUGCGACUUCUCAUCGCGCUUUGCGAACACGCUUCGUUCAACGCUACAUCAUGCAAAGGUAAAUGCACUCUAUUGCCGCUUGUGUUUCCUGAUGGCCUUAUCAUUUCCAUCGAACGUGUGGCUGCUUCGCUUGAUCACCGUGCCUGCUCUGCAAUUAGCCAUAUCAUUUCCGAUCACGAUUGUAUUUCAUUUCCUAGCAUAAACCUAGAAGAUUGCAUAAUGAUGGAUGCUGGCUUUUCCAUGGUCAGCGCAAGCCUGAGCGCCCGGAGGAACCUGGACGUUCGCGUUCUGGACGUUCGCGGUGCUGCGAUACGCGAUUCUGCGCUCCUCGUAUCUGCCAUCGAUGCGUUGAAAGCUGACCUACUUGAUGUCUAUGUUGGCGACAACCCGACUGGUCGAGAGGGUCUGGUGGCUGUAUGCCGGGCAGUCUCGACAUGCACGCAUGCUCGCUACGUUGACGUUUCCAGCAUGAACAAUGCCGGGCCUGCAACCGUCGAGUGCAUAACUGAAAUAGUUAAGCAAUGCACGGAGCUCUGUGAGUUGAUUUUGUCAUGGAAUAACAUCAAACCAGACCACCCGGAGCAGUCCACACGCCUCGUCAAUGCCGUGGAGGCUCACUGUUAUCUUGAAACCAUCGAAGCCAAAGGCCCGGACAAGAGUCGCGGCUUUCAGGAUUCAUGGUUGAACCUCCAACUCUCUUCCCUCGCUCAGAAGUCGAAGUUUGAUUACAUAACACUGUGAACAACAUGCUGUGAAAAAAAACGCAAUCAGCCAUGAGAAAUUUGUGCUUUGAUAUGACACUACCGGUACUAUUGCAGGUAUACAGCCACUUGAAUAUUUUACUAUCGCAUUUCCCGCAGAACAAGUUCUUCUUGAAGGAUCCCCAAGAACCUGGCCAAAUUUCGCUCAGUAUCACGCUAUGCAAUACGGGCUGACUUCAUCAGUCUUUCCUACCUCGAUCUACUGCCCAGCUCUCAUUGACUAUUUCGGAAGCUGCAGUAACUGUUAUAAUAAGUAGAUGUGUGCAAUCACUUUUUUUUUGCUUUUGUAUUGUCUGGCCGGUGUAGUUUCAACAGCUACCUCUAUAUUUGUUGGCGUCGAAUUAGACUGCCUCGUUGCAUUUGUUAUAAUUUUGCCCCAGGGAACAUUCUUUUUUUGGGGAGCGAUUCCUGUAUAUGCUGUAUACGUAGACGUGAGCCAGGCGCAUGCGCGCCUGGCUCAUGGGCUGUUUUGCAUGCUUGCCGUGCUGGACUAGACGUCCGAGAAUGUGAGCUCUUUUUCCUUGUCCUUCAGUUCUUUCAUUAUUAGAAUAACCAUA